AUGGGCUGUUGUUAGGGACAUUUAAAUGGUUAGAUAAUAUAAUAUUUUAGAUAUGUAUCAACUAACAGAAUUAGGGAAAGAGUUGACUGAAUAUCAGUAGCCUGAAUAUUUGGCAGAUAUUUUAGAUUUGCAAACAAAAAUAAAAUUAAAGGAACAAUUAGAUGAAUAAGAAAAAGAGCAAGAAUUGAGUCAAAAAAAGGAGACCAACUACUCUCAAGACAUGAAAAGCGGAAAAAAAGAAAAUAAAUAAGAUUCUAAAUAACAAAGUAACUCAUAAGGAUAAGAGAAAUAGUGGACCAUUAAAUAGUCUAUGUUUGUUAGAAUUAAUUCAAAAAAGAAUGUGAGUGAAUUCUACAAUGUGAAAGAAAUGAUAGGACAAGGGGGAUUUGGAAAAGUAUACAAAGUAGUUCAUAGACAAACUGGUAUUGUUAACUUGUAAUUUUAAGGCAUGGUCAGGGCUAUGAAGUUGAUCCUUAAAUCGAAAUUGAAGAAGGAGGAUUAGGAGAAACUAUUAGAGGAAACCAAAAUAUUAAUGGAUAUUGAUCAUCCAAACAUUGUCAAAUUGUAUGAAAUGUAUUAAGAUGAUAAUUCAUAUUAUUUAAUCAGUGAAUAUUGUGAUGGUAAAACUAUUAAAAAUCAUCUAUGAAGGUGGCGAAUUAUUUGAAAAAAUCAAAUUCGUUCAAAUCUUAACUGAACAAGAAAUAGCAAACUAUAUGAAAUAAAUCCUGACAGCUGUUGCUUAUUGUCAUUCAAAAGGUAUUGUACACAGGGAUUUGAAACCUGAGAAUAUUUUAUUUGAUUCUAAAAAUCAAGGGGCCACAUUAAAAAUCAUAGACUUUGGAGCGAGUGCUAAGUUGGUCAAUGAUGAAAAACUUAAUAAAAGGAUUGGAACUGUAUAAUAUAUAUAGAUUAUGUUAGCCAUUUUAUGUAGCUCCCGAAGUGUUGAAUGGCAGUUACGAUGAAAAAUGUGAUAUCUGGUCAUUAGGAGUCAUAUUGUAUGUUUUACUUUGUGGAUAUCCUCCCUUCUUUGGUCAUAGUGAAGGAGAGGUUUUAGCCAAAGUCAGAAAAGGAGUAUAUUAAUUUAAUAGUAAUGAUUGGUCAAGAGUAUCCAUGCAGGCAAAAGACUUGAUCAGGAGAAUGUUGUUUUAUGAUCCCUCUUCUCGUAUUAGUGCAUCAGAAGCACAGCAACAUAGUUGGAUAGCCAGCAAUAGAGCUAAAGGAGUAGUCAACAAUAUCAGUUUGAGAAGACUAUAAGAUUUUGACUCCAAAAAUAAACUAAAAUAUGCGAUUUUAUAAUUCAUAACAGUUUAAGUGGUUUAAAGUUAAGAGAAGGAUGAAUUAUUAAAGACUUUCUAAGACAUAGAUAAAAAUGGGGAUGGAACUGUUAGCAAAGAAGAAUUGUUAGCUGGUAAUAAAAUCAUAUAAUUUUAGCCUAUAUGAAAAUAUACAAAGGUGAUUCUAUAGCAGCUAAAUAAGUUGUGGAUGAAUUGUUUCCAUAACUUGAUGCUAAUAAGUCUGGUAAAGUAGAUUUUAGUGAAUUUGUCACUGCCUCUAUUAAUAGAGAUAAAUCAUUAAGCAAGAAAAAAAUAGAAUAGUCUUUUAAAUUGUUUGAUUUGGAUGGCAAUGGUUUUAUCACUAAAUAAGAAAUUAAUGAAUUAUUUGGGAAUGAAAUCGAUGAAAAUAUGUGGCAAGACAUCUUGAAAGAUUGUGACAUAAACAAAGACGGAAUGGUAUUACUCUUUAUAUAUUAAUUAGAUAUCCAUGAAUGAAUUUGUUAAUCUUUUGGAAACCAAAAUUAACCGAAACUCAUAAUUGUAAUGA